AAUCUGUCAAUGUCAUAUAAUUUAACAAUAACAAUGCAAAAAUAACCUAAAUAUCCAAAAAUACACUUAAAAAAAUGCGAUUCGCAUUAAUAUUUCGACUUCCCAAAGCAGUAUUAACGCAAGUUACCCGAAACUACGCCGAAUAUUCGCCGAAAGCUCUGCGAAGUUUGAAACCCAAGUCUAGUCGUAAUACGGUGCAGUUUUAUGUAGACUCCUGUAGAGUUAGAGCUGUAGCUGGUAAUGGGGGGGAUGGAUGCAUCUCCUUCCUCAGCGUGUGGUGUAAGGAUCACGCGGGGCCUGAUGGAGGGGAUGGGGGACAUGGUGGACAUGUUAUUUUCCAGGCGACUCACUCUAAGAAGAGCUUGAACCACUGCAACUCGGUGAUCCAAGCCAAGCACGGCGAGCGCGGCUUCAACAAGGACUGCACCGGGAAGAAUGCGGACCACAUCUUUGUGGAGGUGCCUUUAGGUACAAUUAUUAGAGACAAGUCUGGUCGCGUGGUGGGUGACCUGCAGGAAGAGGGCGCCAUGUUCGUGGCGGCGCGGGGAGGCGCGGGCGGGAGGGGAAAUAAGUUCUUCCUCACUGACACCGAGCAGGCGCCCUCGGUAGCUGAAGAAGGCGCCAUCGGGGAGAGCAACCACUACACACUGGAAGUGCGCUCCAUGGCGCACCUCGGCCUCAUCGGCUUCCCCAACGCCGGCAAGAGCACGCUGCUGCGGGCCGUGACGCGCGCGCGCCCCGCCGUCGCGCCCUACCCCUUCACCACGCUCCGCCCACAUAUUGGAAUGAUUCCAUAUGACGACUAUGAACAAGUCGCCAUUGCUGAUUUGCCGGGUUUGAUUCCUGGCUCGCACAAAAAUUAUGGGCUAGGCAUACAAUUCCUGCAGCAUGCAGAGAGAUGCAGAGGCCUGAUCUUCCUGCUGGAUGGCACGAACGACCCACUGGCACAGUACAGCACACUGGCAAAGGAACUGGCACUGUACAGCCAGGCAUUGGCACAGCGACCGAGGUGUUUGGUGCUGAACAAGAUCGAUGUGCCAGCCGUGAAGGAGAUUCAGAAGGAGAUUGGCAGGAAACUCGAUGUGAUCGCUGUAUCUGCGAAGACUGGACAAAAUAUAAGCGAACUUUUGCGAGUUAUAAGAAAAAUGUAUGACGCGGGAGAUGAUUAUGUUAAAUGAAAUGUUGUAUUAAUAAUUUAGGUAUUAGUGAAAUGUAAAUAAAUCAAAAAAAUAUUGUUUUAACUAA